AUGCAUUUGUUAUGUUGUCCUAAGUCAAUUCACCGAGUAACCUCUAACUCAAAGUGUCCUAUAGAGCGCCCUAUAGAGCGUCCUAUAGAGCAUCCUAUAGAGCAUCCUAUAGAGCAUACUAUAGAGCAUCCUAUAGAGCGUCCUAUAGAGCAUCCUAUAGAGCGUCCCAUAGAGCGUCCCAUAGAGCGUCCUAUAGAGCGUCCUAUAGAGUGUCCUAUAGAGUGUCCUAUAGAGCGUCCUAUAGAGUGUCCUAUAGAGCGUCCUAUAGAGCGUCCUAUAGAGUGUCCUAUAGAGCAUUCUAUAGAGCGUCCUAUAGAGCGUCCUAUAGAGUGUCCUAUAGAGCGUCCUAUAGAGUGUCCUAUAGAGCGUCCUAUAGAGCGUCCUAUAGCAUGUCCUAUAGAGCGUCCUAUAGAGCGUCCUAUAGAGCGUACUAUAGAGCGUCCUAUAGAGCGUCCUAUAGAGCGUCCUAUAGAGUGUUCUAUAGAGCUUCCUAUAGAGCAUCCUAUAGAGCAUCCUAUAGAGCGUCCUAUAGAGCAUCCUAUAGAGCGUCCUAUAGAGCAUCCUAUAGAGCAUCCUAUAGAGCGUCCUAUAGAGCGUCCUAUAGAGCGUCCUAUAGAGUGUACUAUAGAGCGUCCUAUAGAGUGUCCUAUAGAGCAUCCUAUAGAGUGUUCUAUAGAGCUUCCUAUAGAGCAUCCUAUAGAGCGUCCUAUAGAGCGUCCUAUAGAGCGUCCUAUAGAGCGUCUUAUAGAGCGCCCUAUAGAGCGUCCUAUAGAGCGUCCUAUAGAGCGUCCUAUAGAGCGUCUUAUAGAGCGUCCUAUAGAGCGUCCUAUAGAGCGUCCUAUAGAGCGUCCUAUAGAGCGUCCUAUAGAGGGUCCUAUAGAGCGUCCUAUAGAGCGUCCUAUAGAGCGUCCUAUAGAGCGUCCUAUAGAGCGUCCUAUAGAGGGUCCUAUAGAGGGUCCUAUAGAGCGUCCUAUAGAGCGUCCUAUAGAGGGUCCUAUAGAGGGUCCUAUAGAGCGUCCUAUAGAGUGUCCUAUAGAGUGUGCUAUAGAGCGUCCUAUAGAGUAUCCUAUAGAGUGUCCUAUAGAGUGUCCUAUAGAGUGUGCUAUAGAGCGUCCUAUAGAGUAUCCUAUAGAGUGUCCUAUAGAGCGUCCUAUAGAGUAUCCUAUAGAGUAUCCUAUAGAGUGUCCUAUAGAGCGUCCUAUAGAGCGUCCUAUAGAGUAUCCUAUAGAGUGUCCUAUAGAGCGUCCUAUAGAGCGUCCUAUAGAGUGUCCUAAGGAUGAGCUUACAAUUGAAUGCAGGCAGGGAGCUGGUUCAGGGAUCCUGAAAUAA